UCAAUAUUACGACAGCUGGUUUGACGUUUGGCGACUUUUAGGCAAGGUGUGCAAGCCGGCUUCGAUUAAGAAUUCAAAUUAAAAUGGCAUACGACCUGCAGAAGGAAUCAGAUGUGAAGGAGUACCUGGAAAAGUUGGGCGUGGAAUACCGAUUCGGGUGUUAUUCGGAGAAAAAGCCGGAAGUAUGCCAUUUGUUGGGGGAUUAUUUGGAAAGCAUCAAAAAGGACUUCGAGAAGGCUUCAAAGGUGUACAAAUCGAACUGCGAUGACUAUGGCUACGCGAAGUCGUGCUACAAAUUCGGGAAUUACAGUUUCCUAGGGAAGGGCAAGAGUGGAAGCAAGGGAGACCCGCAACAGGCGUACAAAUACUACGAAAAGGGAUGUGAACUAAACGAUCCGGAGUCCUGCCUGCACUCCGGGUUGUUACUUGUCUCCCGUGCUAUGCCAAAACAAUUACAGAGGAAUGUACCCAAGGGAGUAGAGUUCCUGACAAAAAGUUGCGAUAUGAAUAACGCCACCGCUUGUUUUUAUUUAUCUGGAAUGCAUAUAUCGGGCGUGCAAAAGCAAGCAGAGAGCAAUGUACAUGCUCCGAGCAAUAACAGUUCUGAAUAUAUCAUUCACAAAGACAUGAAAAAGGCGUUUGACUUUGCUUAUAAGGCAUGUGAACUGAAAAACAUGUAUGCUUGUGCGAACCUGAGCCAAAUGUACGCGAGAGGUGAUGGAACGGAAAGAAAUGAGGAAAAGGCUGAGAAGUUCAAGAAAAUGGCGCUGGAGAUGCAAGAGGAAGUGAAAAAACAACAGCAGACCUUAGGAUUUCAACAAGGGCUCUUGCCCAAUUAGAGACAAACUAGGGAGAAUUUUUUUCCUAAUUUAGACUAGAAAUAUAAAAUGAUUGAUAUUUGGGAAAUUGCUAGUAGUCGAGUGCUAUGCUUCCAUGUCCUGUACGUAGCUGCGUUUUUUGUAAAUAUGAAAAAUUCUUGUUAGAUAUUCCCUAGUUGUAGUAUAUAAAAUUACUGACGCUAUGUUUAUACAUUGUUGAUAUAAACAGUUGACCAUGUAACGUGUUUCCUUGAUCAAACUGAAAGAAAAGACAAAUUGCGUUCAAAAAUAAAUUUAUUUCAUGUUUA